AUGAGCAAAGACAACAAAUUAAAGAUGCCUGAAUUAAAUCUUGGGGGCAAUCAAAGACAAGGCCUCCCAAAGCAAAGCAGCAAUCCUCUGCAAACUCAACACAAACACUCUAUCCUCCUCCUCCUCCUCCUCCUCUCUCCACCUCACCCUCCUCCGUGCCACAACCCACGACCCUUUCAUACUCCCAAACCCCAAAAAGCCUCUCCUUUGGUCUCAGCUCAUGCGCCACCGCCUCCUCCGUCGUGGAGUCCCUCAUGGACCACCUCCAAAUCACCCACGACUCCGCCGUCGCCUUCAAGUGCCUCCUCGCCGUUCACCACGUCAUCAAGUACGGCUCCUUUAUCCUCCAAGACUAGCUCUCCAUGUACCCCUGCCGGCGGAGGCAGAAACUACCUCAAUCUCUCCAAUUUCAAAGACGAUUCUACCCCUGUGGCCUGGGAGCUCUGCGCCUGGGUCCGAUGGUACACUCAAUACAUCGAAAACCUCUUCUUAACAUCUCGGCUUUUGGGUUUCUUCGUCGGCUCGAAUUCCUGCAUUGUGGAGAAAGACAAAGAAGAGGAGCGAGUCUCAGCGCUUUUGAACGCUAAUUUGGUCUGA